AAUAUCUUUUCACGGAAUGCCGCCACACCAUUCAAACGCGCAAAUCGCCUCUUUCGCGCCUGUGCUAAUAUGAUGUGUAUGUUCUUUAGGUUGUAGCAAACAAUGCAUGAACGGUGGCAAGUGUGAGCGCGAGCGAUGGUCAGAACCCGGGCGGGGCCGCUGUUAGUGGCCCUGCUCGUUGCAGUAUUCUUAUAUGACUCAAGCGCUCAAGUGGUGACAACAACACUACCAGCUUUGCUUGGCGCCGUGGGAACUUUGUCUCUUCAGCCAGCAACUUACAGUUUCUCCUCCACCGAAAGCGCCAACAUAACAUCUAGCCUUGUGGUAGCUGGUCAAGGCAACGUGGAGGGAGCGGCGACAGCCUCCACCCUCGACUUGUCAACGUACCCUGCCUUGGCCAACUCCACGGCGCAGCGGCCUAUCAUCAUCCAACCCGGCGUCACACUCAGCCUGGUGAACCUGACGCUGCGCCUGCCGCCGCUGCUGGCCUCCCUGGCAGCCGCGCCCGUCAGCCUGUUGCAGCACGUGGUGGGGGUGGCAGGCUCUGGCGCGAGGCUGACACUGGACCGCGUGACGCUGGUGGCCGCCAACUGCAGCUCGCCUUCCACCCGCCAAUAUUCCAGCCUCGGUGCCGCUCACUCGCACAGUGAGCUGCAGGCCUUUGCACGUGUGCUGUGCCGACCCACCGGCACCAACCUGCGCUUCUACCCGUCAAACGUCAUGGCGAUCGUCAACGGCGUCGUGCAGUACGGCAACGGCACAAUGCAGUUGGCGGCAACCGACGGCUCUUCGGCGGCCGCCUCCGCCGCCGCGGUGGCGGGCGCGUCGCUGGUGGGCUCCGCCGCCACCUGCGCCGCCGCGCCCGUGCCGCCCGCCACGGCGCCCGCUGGCCCGGCGGCGCCGUACGUCUGCUCGGCCACGUCGGUUGGCAAUGCGGUACAGCUCCGUACGGCGGCGGCGGCGCUGCUGAACAACACGGCCGAGGUGGUUGUGAUCUCGGUCACGGGCAACGUAUCGAUCAACGCGAGCGUGUGGCGGGGCGCCCUGGCCCUGCCUCGCGGCCUGGUGCUUUCGCUGCUGGGCAACCCCACGGCGGGGCAGGGCGUGCAGAUUGACUUCGGUGGCGUGGCGCCCGCCUUCACCGCCUCUAGCUACGGCAGCAGCGGCGCCGUACGGCUGAGGGACCUCAACCUGGUCGGGCUGCCGUACUCUCGUACAGUCAACUCGCCAAUGGACUUCUUCUCGCCCUGGCUGCACCCCUUCCGCGUGUUCAGGGGCGGCAGCGGCGGCGCCACCUCCACCCCCCAGCUCAUCGCAACCUCCUGUGUGCUGUGGCUGCCGGACCAGGAGGCGUCCUGGUGGAACACCGCACUGCUGGCCGCCAGCAGCGUCAACGCACUGGAGGCCAGGCCCUGGCUGGCGCGGCUCUUCACCCUGCCUGUCACCGCCUCAAGCUCCAGCUCCAGCACCAGUGGCGGCGUGCGCGGCACCCGCGUCACCAGCCUCAACGACGCCGGCGGCGUGGCGCGCUUCACCGACUGCACCUUUGCGAGUCUGUACGACAGCCCAGCCAACGCACCACGGUCCGAGUUCGCGACCAUCGCCUGGUGGCCGCUGAUGGAGGGCGUGCCCGCCGCCGUGUCGUACCAGGCCGCGCUGGGCGAGUACGCGGUCAUCAACUCCUCCCUGGCCGCCGCCUCCAUCGGGGCGCAGUCAAGCUGGGCCUCGUCCAUAUUCCUGGCCACAGCCAACACCUCCGCCGGAACAAGCGCCAUCUUCGCCAGCGCGGAGCCCGCCCCCCGCCACAACCCCGCCGCCGGCGACUUCGGGCCGCAGUACCCCCUGGCCGGCCGCGCCGUGCGGGGGCCGCCGGGCAACCAGACUGGUCAGGUGGCGUUCUGGGACCUGCAGGGCGUCACAGGCGAGCUGUACGGCUCCACGUCAGCCACCCUGCAGGACCUGGUGCUGUACAACCUGGCGCCCGGCGGCGCGCUGCCGUACGGCGGCGGAUUCGCCGUACCGGGGUCUGAUCUGUACCGCAAGCUGCUGCUGUACGGUUCGUCCAACUGGAACGCAACGGUCAACGAAACCACGGGCGAGCCCAACCCGCUGCCGGCGCUCGGCUCGGUUGCUUACGAGGACACAUUGGCGAACCUGACGCUGCCGCUUUGGUACUUUGCCCGGCCCGCGAACUCCGAUAACGGCCUGAUGUCGCUGUAUCGUGUGGUGCUGGUGGUACCGACGGCGGAGUUGCAGCUGUGGCUGUACCUGCUGGCGCAGGCCAAAAAGCUGCCUGCCUCCUACGGCCCGCCCUCCAACGCCACCACCAGCACCUCCGCACUCCAGCGGCGCCUGCUGCUCGGCAGGGGCAGUAGCAGUGGCGGUGGCAGUAGCAGGAGGACGCUGCAGCAGACGGCCGGCAGUGGCAACAGCAGUAGCAGCAGCAAUAGCUCGGUGGUGGUUCCCGGCAAGGCGGCUGAAACGCUGCGGGCCGCAGCGCUGGCCGCAACGGUGUCCUGGUACACCAACGACACCAUCGCCCUCUCCUACCUGGGGCUGCCGCGCAACUGGGUCGCCUACGACACGGUGAUCACCGCCGUGCUGCCGCCGGGCGCACCCACACCCCUGCUCAGCUACGAGCCCACCUACGACCCCGUGAGCUAUCCGCCGCCCAGCCCGCCCAGCCCCUCGCCGCCACCCAACCCCGCACCACCGCUGGCGCCCUCGCCUCCACCCGCCACACCCACGCCGCCGCGGAGCACCCCAGACCCUCCCACUUCCCUGCCUUCCUCUCCUUCUCCCUCGCCGCUUCGGCCUUCGCCCGCCCCUCCGGGUCUCAGCAGCAGCACUGGCAACCCCGGCAGCCCCGGCGCUGGCAUUGCCCUGGAAGGCAAUGCCAGCCCCUCGCCACCGCCGGCAGCGGCGGAUUCUGCUGGUGGUGGUGGCGGCGGCUCGAGCGCCGUAGCAAUUGCGGUGGGCGUGUCGGUGGGUGUGGUGGCAGCCUCAGCGCUCGUCAUCCUGGGAGUGCUGUUCUGCCGCCGCCGCCACCAGCGGCGCGCCGCCGAGGCCGCCGCUGCUGCGCGCAAGGCCGCCGGCGGCCCUGUCGGCGGCUCAAUUGAGCUGGCGCCUUGGGGCGGCAGCAGCAGCGAUGAGAGCGGCUUAGCCAACGGGCACGGCGCCAACGGUAAUGGAAACGGUAGUGGAAUGGGCGGGAAGGUGGCAGUUGGAGCCGCAACUGCGAAGGGCAACGGUAACGGCGUGACGGUGGCGGCUGGGGCGUCACCUGCGGCGACGCCGAGGGGCGCUGCCGCAGCCGCAGCGGCAGCUGCUGCUGCUGCCGCCAGCUGUGUUCAGGAGCAGCAGGAGCAGGCGUUUGAGCGGUUACACCAGCAGGCGGCGGCGGCGCCAACUGCCGCGGAGACCAUGGCGUUGCUUGCCGCGGCGGCAGCCAACGCCUCAGCCGCCGCGUCAUUCCUUGCAGGCGGCGGCGGAGGCAGCGGCGCGCCCCCGCCAGCCGCCGCCGCGCUCGCAGCCAUGCCCUCCGUACAGCUGGUCAUUGUGGAUGAUGCCGCGCAAAACCGUAUCCCGGUGGGCGCUCGUCCCGUGGCGGUUGGGGCGGUUGGCACGCCGCCGCCGGCGACUGGAGGCACCGGCGCGGAUUCCGGGGCCCUGGUCCGUCCGGCGGGCGGCAGCCCCGCGGCGGCGGCUGGCGGCGCCGCCGCCGCCGUCGCUGCCAUGGGCAAGCCACUGAGUCGGCUGGGCGACAAGAGCUUGUUGCAGACCGUGGACAUUGAGAGCGCGCUGCUGGCCUACAGCAGUCGCUCCAUGGUGGACGACCGGGAGCCAGCGGCGGCAGCGGCAGCGGCGGCCCAGCAGCAGGCGCGCGGCAGCCUGAUGCCCGCCGCCGGCUCGCCGCCGCCGCAGCAGCAGCAGCAGCCGGCGCCCGCCGGCGGCGCCACGGCGCCUGCAGGGGAGCCCACGCCCGGGGGGGAGGUGUCUUCGGCAGCCGAGGCGCCGCUGCAUCUGCCGGCGCCCGCCGCGCCGCCGCGUGCCGGCGCCGACCUGGCAGCAGCCAUCAGCAGCCUGCAGGCGGAGCUGUCGGGGCGCCAGGAGCAGCUGCGAAUCACCACGGUGCUGGGCAAGGGCAGCUUUGGGGUCGUGUACCUGGGCACCUGGCGCGGCCUGCGGGUGGCGGUGAAGACACUGGUGGUGCACGACGCACUGCUGGGCACGGAGGGGCGGCGGCGGCAGCGAGCCAUCCUGGAGGCCGCCAUCUCCACCAGUCUGCACCACCCCAACGUGGUGGCCACCUACGCCUUCGAGGUCAAGCCGCUGGGCGUGGUGGCCAGCAGCCCGCCCCAGAUGAUGCUAGCCCAGGGCUCGGACGCCGGAGGCAGCACCAGCGGCGGGGCGGGCGGCGCGGGGGCCGGCGGCGCCGCCGGCGAGCGCAGCGUGUGGGAGAGUGCGGGCGACGUGUACAAGUUGUACAUCAUCCAGGAGUACUGUGACGUGGGCACGUUGCGAGACGCGCUGACAAACGGUGUGGUGGGCAGCGUGUCGGCGGGCGGCGCGGCGGCGCUGUGUGCGCUGACCCUGGCCCUGGACGUGGCGUGCGGCAUGUUCCACAUCCACUCCAAGAACAUCGUGCACGGAGACCUGUCGUCCGCAAACAUCCUCCUCACCACCAUCAAGGUGGCGCCAUUGCCGGGCGCGCUGGGCGCGCUGGGCGCGCUGGCUGGCGGGGGAGGGGGCGGCGGCCAGCCCAACGUGUUCGGCAACCUGGCUGACACCAUGGCGGCGGGUCGCAGCGCGGGGGCGCGCAGCCUGGCCGCCGCCGUCAGCCGCCUGCGGGGGCUGUGGCGGCCGCCCGUGAUCGCCAAGGUGGCGGACUUUGGGCUCAGUGUGCGCAUGGGCGAGGGCCAGACGCACGCCUCCAACAAGUUCCAGGGCACGCCGCUCUACAGCGCGCCGGAGGUGCUCACACGCGGCCGCCUGACCAAGGCCGCCGACGUCUUUUCAUACGGUGUCAUGCUGCUCGAGUUCUUCUACGGCUCUUACAUCGCCGAUAUCACAACAAAUUGCGCCUUGGCGGCGGCGCCAGGAGCUGAAAGCACAGAGCCGGGCGGCAGCUCCACAGCCGCUGGGGAGGGCUCGUCCGCGGCCGGCGGCGGCGGCGCGGAAACGAUUGCGCCGAUUGCGGGCGGCCGGUUUGGUGUGGCAGUGCCGGCCUCCUGCCCGCCGCACCUGCGGAACCUGAUGGUGGCCUGCAUUGCGCCGGAGCCCGCGGCGCGGCCCACGUUUGAGCAGGUUGUGGACUCGCUUGUGGACAUGCUGCUGACGGAGCACCAGGAGGAGCUCAGCGCGCAGCAACAACAGCAGCGACAGCGACAGCAGCCGCAACGGCCCUCGCUCAGUGGCCACCACAACCACCACCAGCCGCCAGGGCUGCCAGGGCCGCCCGCCGGGGGCUUGGAUGGCGGCGCGGGCGCUGGAGCCGCAGCCGGGGUGGCAGGAGGCGGUGGGAGACUCGGCGCAGGAGCAGGCGGCGGAGGGUUGCUGGGAGGUGGGCUGAUGACUGAUGACGACCUUGGGGGGAUAGUCAUUCGACGGCUGCCCGCGCCCGGCGGCGAUCAGCCGCAACCAUCGGCGGAGCAGGGCGGCUAUGGGCGGCUGGAGAGCAGCGGCGGCGGCGGCGGCGGCGGCGGCCUGGGGGCAGGUCUGCCGUUCCAGCCGCUGAUGCUGCCUGGUGAUGUGGAAAAUGGGGGCGGCGAUGGCUGGAGGGGCGGUGGUGGGGACGGCGAGAUCCCAGGUCUAAGGGUGGUGAGGUUGUGAGGCUUUGCGCUAUUGUGCAUGUGGGAGCGAGCGAGAGUGAUGUUGUUUCCACGGGUAGGUUGAGAACCUGGUCCCUGGCGCGUUGACGCGCAAAGGGCGGUCACUAGGUUGGCUGGCCCCUGGGUCAGGUACGACGCGGUUCAUUGGUCCAUCAAAGGACUUGCGGAAGGCGGUAUGUGCAUCUACAUAAGCAACCUGCGUAUGUAGUUGCCCAUGUGUUACCUAUGUGGUUGGGCCAAAAUGGUCUGGGAGCAAUGCGCAAUGCAUAAUGCGGGACGAAACCCAAGUGCAGAUAUUAUACGGUACGGUAAUAGCGAACAAGAUACACGGAAAGGCCGCAAAGGCCUAAGUUGCAAGCCCCAAAGCGACCUUCUGCAGUCGUGGCAUGUUUGGUUCAUGUGGCACUGUAUGUCCGCGGUCUGUCUGUCUUUCUGUCUGUCUGUCCGGUCAGGCAACCACGGCAUGGGUGCGAACUGGGCGAUGGAUGUGUAUGUGCGAUGGGACAGUGGUAAGGCAAGUUGGUAAAGUCCCGUAGGGUGCAGCUGAUUCCCAGAACCCAACAAAUGUCACACAAUUGGCAGCGGCAGGGCAGGAGUGCGCGGCUGGUCGAACGCCGGAGUUGCUGUACCGACGAGUUGCUGGCUGGCUGGAAGUUUGCUGGCAUGGGUGCGAACUGGGCGAUGGAUGUGUGUGACCCGAAGGUAUGACAGGUAGAAGGAAAGGCUUCUUGAUUCAAUUAUGGGCGGAUGUAUGCCCCGCCUGUGAGGCACUUGCUUGUGCGGGAGGAAGUAAUGGAGGAGACAGCAGGCUCUAUCAGACCAAGACGCGUGCAUGAUGGAUUGAUGGGGGUUAGGCUGGGGAACCCGUCGGCAGCUGCCGGCGCCCUGCCAUCCACAUUGCCAAUGCCACCGCGACUCGUGUUGCAGAUAGAGGCAUUUGCACUGCUGCGGAUGAGCUUAUUGUUGGGGGGGGCCACCGCGCGUGCUGCCAGCCGGUCAGCCGGGUAGGCGGGCAGCGGUGCUUGUGCCGCCCCGCCACCAUCUACUGUGCAGCUGGCGCGGGUGAUAGAUAGAUUGGCUGGAAGUGGAAGCUUCAUUACGGACGGGCCCUAUGCAAGGCUGCUGGAGUAUGUCAUGCAGUAUACGGUAUUGUGGAGAUUGGUUCUGGCCACACAGAAUGUUCCGAGCAAUGGUACCCGCGCGCUGUAAAUCCUUUGACCC